UCUGUUCAGAAAUCCGGAUAACAAGAAGAAUUUGGCCACACAGUUUUGGCGAGGACAUCGGAGGCAUCAGAAGAGGUGAAUAAAGAAGAUGCUAAUGUUUGACCCAGUCCCUAUCAAACAAGAAGCCAUGGAGCCUGUUUCAGUGUCAUACCCAUCCAAUUACAUGGACCAACUGAAGCCAAACAAAUACAGCGUCAUUUAUUCUACACCGAGUAUGUUGCACAAUAAAUUUUACUCAAACCCCGAAGGACUAUCAAAUGGAAUCCAGAUGGAGCCAGUAGACCUUACGGUGAACAAACGGAGCUCACCACCUUCAACUGGAAGUUCUCCUUCCCCGCUGAAAUUUCAGACUGUGCAUAGGAGAACUUCACCUGGAUUGACUCUGUCCUCACCCAGCUCACCUCUCAGUAAAUUCACACCGUCACCCCCAGGAGUACAGCCUAUUUCCAUGCCAAUAACAAUCCCACCUGUAAUGGCUGCUGCUCUUUCACGCCACGGACUGAGAAGCCCUGGCAUACUCCCAGUUAUCCAGCCUGUUGUGGUCCAGCCAGUUCCUUUUAUGUAUGCUCCCCAUCUUCAGCAUCCCAUCAUGGUGUCCACAGUUCUUGCAGAUGAGAUGGAAACUCCAAGUAGCAUGCAAGUGCCCGUCAUUGAGUCUUAUGAGAAGCCUACGCUGAAGAAAGCAAUCAAAGUAGAGCCAGGAAGUGAACCGUCGAAGACUGACUUCUAUCCUGAGCAAAUGUCACCUCCGAUGAUGACCUCGUUGUCUCCCCAGCAAGUAAUGUUGCAAGAGAAUCACCCUUCAGUUAUAGUUCAGCCAGGAAAAAGACCUUUACCUGUGGAAUCUCCAGACACACAAAGAAAACGCAGAAUACAUCGAUGUGAUUAUGAAGGCUGCAACAAAGUCUACACUAAAAGCUCCCACCUGAAAGCUCACAGAAGAACCCAUACAGGUGAAAAACCAUACAAAUGCACUUGGGAGGGAUGCACGUGGAAGUUUGCUCGUUCUGAUGAACUAACGCGGCAUUUCCGCAAGCAUACAGGAAUCAAACCCUUCCAGUGCCCAGACUGUGACCGUAGCUUUUCACGUUCGGACCAUCUUGCUCUUCACAGAAAACGCCACAUGCUAGUCUGAAUAUCUUCUGUCCCUGACUCCUGUCACACUUCCCCCCCACCCCCCAAUAUACAUUUUAAUUUGGAUUCAGCUGGUCUGAAUCUCUGAGUUUAUACCAUUAAAAGCUUACAUAUGGUCAGUAGCAGAUGUUAUCUAACCCUUCUAUGUCCUUGCCACGGGUCAGACCUAAAGAAUGUGAAGAACACCUUUUUUUUUUUUUUUUUUUUUUUUCUCCUGGGGAUGCUAAGCAAACCCAUUUUGCAGACAGUAUGUUUAAUGUAUUCUAUUGUGAAUAAGGGAAUUUGUAAACUAACAGCUUUUGUUGGUUUCUUCAUAUAAUCAACCCAGCAUAUACUGAUAAAGUAGUAAAUGUUAUUGA